ACAAGUCUUGCUCUUUGCUUGCUUCUUGGGUAAACGAUCCAAAUGGAGAUUCCUUUAAGAAGCAUCUUGCAAGGGUCCCAGAUUAUUUAUGGCUUUCAGAAGAUGGGAUGUCUGUACAGGGAAUUAAUACGCAAACAUGGGAUGCUGGUUUCGCCGUUCAAGCUUUUCUCGCUACGGGUCUAAUUGAUGAUCUGGGUCCCACUCUUGAAAAAGCACAUGAUUUUAUCAAGAAAUCUCAGGUAGUAGAAAAUCGUCCAGGAGAUUUUAAGAGUAGGUUUCAUCACAUUUCUAAAGGAGCAUGGACCUUUGCGGACAGAGACCACGGAGUACAACUUUCUGACGGCACUGCAGAAUGUCUCAAGUGUUGUUUACUUUUAUCGAUGUUGCCGGAAGAGAUCGUUGGAGAAAAAUUGGAACCUGAACGGUUAUAUGACGCGGUCAAUUUUCUGUUGUCCUUUCAGAGCAAAAAUGGAGGUUUGGCAGCGUGGGAGCCAGCAUUAGGUCAAAAGUGGUUGGAAAAUCUGAAUCCGGCGGAAUUUCUUGCUGACAUAGUGGUGGAGCACGAGUAUAUUGAGUGUACUGGAUCAACAAUUCAGGCUUUAGUAUUGUUCAAAAAACUAUAUCCAAAUCAUAGAAGAGAAGAGAUAGAGAGGUUGAUUGUGAAAGCAGCUAAGUACAUUGAAAAUGAACAAUCAGCAAAUGGAACUUGGGUUGGGAUCUGGGGAGUUUGUUUCACAUACAGUUCCUGGUUUGCAGUUGGAGGUUUAGCUGCUGCUGGAAAGACUUACACUAACUGCGCCGCCAUUCGAAAAGCUGUCGAAUUUCUACUAUCAAUACAAAAUGAGGAUGGUGGAUGGGGAGAAAGUUAUCUUUCAUGUCCAAUGAAGACGUACGUGCCUCUUGAAGGAAAUCGAUCACAUGUUACUCAAACAGCUUGGGCUCUAAUGGCAUUAAUUCAUGCUGGCCAGGCCGAGAGAGAUCCAACACCUCUUCAUCGUGCUGCAAAGUUACUCAUUAAUUCUCAGUUAGAAGAUGGUGAUUGGCCCCAACAAGAGACUGUGGGGGCAUACAAGAGUAGCUGUUUGCUUCAUUACCCAUUUUAUAGAAAUUAUUUUUCAAUAUGGGCUUUGAGUGAAUACCGUAACAAAGUUUUAGUACAUUCUACUACUUCCAAAUUUCAGAAGUGAUGGUGGAAAUCUAGUUUUACAAGAAAUUGAUGAUAAUGUUGUGAGGAUGAAGCUAUGGGUGUGUAUGCAACAUUCCUCUCUACAAUAAAGUAUGAUUUUGAGAAUCUAAAUAAACCAUUUUAUUAUUAUGUUAUUCACAUGGAGAAAUGGAAUUAAGUAAACCUGGUAUGGUUGGAUGAUAAGUGAUUGUGUAAAAUAAUUGAACAUAAAUGAA